GGCUGCGGCGACACCGUGAAGAAGCCCAAGCUCGAGAAGCACUACCAACAGUGCCACAGCUCCGUGAGCUGCAUCGACUGCAGCACCACCUUCGCCGGACCCGCGCAGUUCAAGGUGCACACCGCCUGCAUCAGCGAGGCCGAGAAGUACCAGAAGGGGCUGUACAAGGGUCCCAAG